AUGUUGCCUCCAACAUAAUAAAACUUAAUUCCAAAGAAGAAGAUCGAACAUUAUACUUAUUUAAUGCAUGAGUAGAUAGGAAGAGGAUACAGUUCUAAGGUGUAUAAAGGUAAGGAUGAGAAUACAGGAGAGGUGGUAGCAGUAAAAGUAAUAGAUGUGAAAGCAAUAAAUAAUGAGAUAGAGAGACAGUUAAUAAAUUAAGAGAUCAAUGCGUUGAAAUUGAUACAAUCAGUAAAUGUAAUAAAAUUACAUGAUUACUACCAUACUAAUAAUAAUACAUAUAUUAUUACAGAAUAUUGUAAUUAAGGAGAUUUAGGCAAACUCAUUUAAUAAUAAGGUAUCAUACCAGAAGUAGAAGCAUUCAAGAUACUUCGACAUAUAAUUAAUGGAUUUAAGGAAUAGAUUAGAAAGGGCGUUAUUCAUAGAGAUAUUAAACCAACCAACGUUUUAAUUAAGAAUUCAGUUCCGAAAUUAGCUGAUUAUGGUUUUUCUAAAAUGAUAAAGGCUCCUAAAGAAAAAGUAUUUUAUAAGGUUGGUACUCCUAUCUACAUGAGUCCUGAAAGUUAUUUAGAGAAUAAAUAUUCUGAGAAGAGUGAUAUUUGGAGUAUAGGUGUUGUCUAUUAUUAAAUGUUAUAUGGUUAAUGUCCAUGGGUAAUUAAUUCUGAAAGUGAAUUUUAAGAAUCUGUUUCAUAAUUACACUUUAAUAGAAAUGUACCUAUAUCUGAAGAAUCCAAAGAUUUCUUAAGGAGAGCCUUAUAAGUAGAUGAAACUUAACGUUUAUCUCUAAUUGAUAUAGAUUAACAUCCACUUUUCUUACGUAGAAAUACAACUGCUCUUAAUAAAAUGAGAGGAGCGCUUGUUAGUAACUCAUUUAAUAAAUCUAUUACUAAUAUGAAUGUUGUUAGAGUCAAUUAAACUUAAUAAUGUACUAGAAGUGGAUCUACUUCACAUAAACAUUAAAAAUCUAAUUAAGUUAAAGAAAGAAUGGCCACAGUCAUUUAACAUACUUAUUAAAGUUUUCAUUAUGGUAAUUAUGAUAAUCAUAUUAAAUCUAAUUUAGAAUCAUAAACGGAAGAAAUUAUAUGUAAUUACCUAAACUAAUGCAAAUUCAUCUAUCGUACUUGUUAACUUAUUGAUCAUACAAAGUAUCUACAAUCACCAAGACUAAGAGAAAGGAUUAUGGGCUAUUUUGGAAGAGAAGUUAUGGAUAUCAUGAAUAAAGUAUGUGGAAUAUUUAUUACAAGCUUAAAGAAACCUAUGAUAAAGGAAUCAAUAAUAUCAAAGUUAUCAAUUUCAAUCAUUAAAUACUCAUUUCCAUUCUUAAUAAGCAUUCCUUUAGAGAUACCUAUAUUAAAUAUAAAGAUUAUUAUGGAACGUCUUUAUUAGGUGAUAUUUCCAAUCUCAAAGAACUUAUUAGAGAAUUGAAUCAUUAACUUAGAAUCAAUGAAUAAAAUGAAACAGGAAUCUUAUUACUAGAUUAUUUAACAUACUAUUACUAAGUUAUUACUAGUAAUAGUACAUAAUAAUUCUUGGAUGGUAAACCUAUUAAUGAAAUUACAUCUGCACAUUAUCAAGAUAUUAGAGUGAAAAUAUAUAAUUUAGAUAUUUGA